GAGUUGUCAAUGAAAAACCGGCAAAUAAAAUAAAUAAACAGCAGUUUCAUGCUGUGUAAACAUUCAAGAUGAACGAAAAAGUAUCUCUUCUUGCCCUGAUUAUCUGUUACUACCUCCCAGCAAGAUUAAUCUUUGAUUAUGUGCAUAAAUCUGCACCAAUUGUCAUUGAUGAACUGUUUCAUCUUCCAAUCGGUCUGAAAUACUGCGCCACAGAGUUUUCAGAGUGGGAUAACAAAAUAACGACUUUACCAGGACUAUAUUUGUUCUCCAGUCUUCUUAUAGCACCAUUUGGUUAUUGUUCGGUGUAUUCUUUGCGAUACACAGUGUUUUUUACAUCUUUAAUCAACUUGGUAAUAGUUUACUACUUGAGGAAGCAAUGGGUGCCUGGAGAAAACAAAUUCAAUCUAUUGUUGAAUACUUUUAACAUUGUGACAAUUCCACCAGUUUUGUUCUUUUCAAUGGUUUACUACACUGAUAUCUUGAGUAUGAUGUUGGUGAAUGCUAUGAUCUUGUUUGGAUUGAAAGGCAGAUCGUUUCUGGCAUCAAUAUUUGGCUUUCUGGCAAUGGUUACAAGGCAAAACAAUGCCGUUUAUAUUUUAUUCAUUGCUGGAUAUCGUGUUUUUGGCCAUUUGUAUAAUAUUAUCACAGAUGCACAUAAUACAGAUGGAAAUAUUAAACGUUGGGAUUUGCGUUAUUUGCAAAUAAAACUCCGAUCUUUUCUGAAAAGUAAUCCUCUACAACGUCACUACUCUGGUUUACUGAUAGAGGGAUUGUGUUACUUUGUAGCACUAUUAUCAAUGGCAUUAUUUGUCUAUUUGAAUGGUGGUAUUGUCGUUGGAGACAAAACUGCACACACCGCGACGAUUCACCUUCCACAACUAUUUUAUUUCUCGUUAUUUGCGAUGUUUUUCGGUUUUCCACACGCCUGUUGCUUUGUUCUUCCAUUUUUCAAGUUCGUCUACAAUCGUUUCUUACUCACAAUGACUCUACUAACUAUUAUCGCCCUAAUUGUGGUUUUUAACACAAUAAUUCAUCCGUAUUUACUUGCAGACAACAGACAUUACAUGUUUUAUUUCUGGAAAUAUUUCCUGGGUAAUGAAACACAACGUUUUGUUAUGUGUCCCAUGUAUCUCUGUGCAAUGUAUUGUAUUAUACGUGUGUGUUGUCCUUAUCGACAUUCAGACCCUCGAUUAUUAGUUGUUUAUUGCUUAAUGCUCGCAGGUAUUUUGUGUACGCAAUCAUUAAUUGAUGUGCGGUAUUUUCUCACACCAUAUGUGAUUUGGCGUAGUUCUGUUAGUGUAACAGCUAGGACUGAUUUAGUUAUUGAAUUAUUGUUUCAAAGUGCUGUUUCAGCGUUCACGUUAUACACUUUUGGGCAUAAGGAGAUUUAUUGGAGAGAUUUUGAUGAAGUACAAAGAUUAAUCUGGUGAAAAUGUUGCUAUUGUUUAUAUUUUUGUAUAUUUGUUAUUGCGAAAUAAACUGUUUGAAAAUGG